AUGACCGAUUUUUAUCUAAGUACAGAAGAUGAUGAUGAUGAAAGUGCUGCUCGACAAGAUGCAUUGAAAGCUUCAUCACAUGAAGCUGAAAUUGAGUUGUACUUAAAACAUGGAACAGAUCAAGUACAUGUAUCAACAGCUGCUGGUCAACAAAAUGCAGAGUAUAAUCCUCUGGAUUUUUGGAAGAAGAAACAUUCGUCUUAUCCGAUUUUUGCGAAGGUUGCCGCUCGAAUAUUAGGUGUACCAGCUACUAGUGCAGCCUUAGAACGAGAGUUUAGCUUCACUGGCAACAUCAUCACUCAGAAACGUUCAAGAUUAUCACCAGAUACAGUAAAUUGUAUUUAA